UAGAAUCCGCUCAGCCGGCAUCGAGUGCGCGUCGGUUCGGUUGCACGAAUUAUUUGCCAGCGAUCCCUUACGUGUUAGUACCGAAGUUUCCUACAGUGAUUACAGCGUAGGGGAGGAACAACGCACGUUCCUUCGGCCGCCGCGUUUUCAAAUAUUCCCAACGGACUGCUACGGAAAACAAGGAACAUCGUUCGGACGAUACUGUUUCGGUGUUUCUUUCUUUCGUUUCCUUUAGUUCCCGUUUGGACUUCGGUGUUCCGAGUGCACUUCUUUGUUGGGGAUAUGCAGUGACCGGGACUUUUUCUCUCGAACAUUUUACGGAGUGACUCGCAGAGGAUACCAUUGUGCGCGCCAGGAUUAUCGAUACACAAGUUGGACUAGUUGGUUGUUGUCUUCUUUCCCCGUAUUGGAGGAGAGUGAGAGAGGCUGAGCGGUGAACGAUGCACCUACCGGAAGGACCAUUAGGCAUGGAGAGUUACAACGCGAUACGCGAGUCGCUGCAGGUGCACUGCGAUCUCGUGAGGACCGGAAGUCCGUCCAUCCUGUGCAGCGCGUUACCGUCACACUGGAGGUCGAACAAAUCGCUGCCCGUGGCCUUCACGGUCGUCGCCCUCGACGAGGUCAACGACGGCACCUUGGUCACCAUACGCGCCGGGAACGACGAGAACUGCUGCGGCGAGCUCAGGAAUUGCACCGCGAUCAUGAAGAACCAGGUCGCGAAGUUCAACGAUCUCAGAUUCGUCGGUCGUAGCGGGAGAGGAAAGUCGUUCUCCCUGACCAUACAGAUCAGCACAGUGCCGUUUCAAAUAGCCACGUACACCAAAGCCAUCAAAGUCACCGUGGACGGACCAAGAGAGCCGCGAUCCAAGUCGAAUUUCCAGUACGGACCUGGAUUCCCUACGUUAGGACUGCUCAACCCGUGGGUAGACGUUGCGUACCUAGGGCACGCGUGGCACAUGCCUCAUCCCGCUUUCGUCAAAGGAACCAUACCGAUGACAUCGACGGACAUAUUCCCGCCGACGUUCCCGCCAACGGUGCUGCCGCCUUACCCGUUCGACCACAUGAAGUACCCGCCAGACUACAGGCUACAUCCCAACACCACCACCACCACCAUGGCCAGCUCGCAGCAAGUCAUCCCCAGGACCCCGUCCAGAACACCACCGAGGAGUCCAAGCGAGUCCGGAAGCGAAUCGACGGCCGAAGAAAUCCGCAGCGCGUUCGUUCCCAUCAGAUUGAACGCGUUGCCGAUCGCUCCACCGGUCUUGCCCGCGACCUCGUCUUCACCGGACCCAACCACCGUGUCCAAGAGGCCAGCGGAAGGUGUGAGGAACGAGCUGAAGGCACCCAGGACGAUGGUCUCGCAGAAGGCGUCGAAGAGGUCACCACCGCCCACGAAGGUCCCGUCCCCGGUGCCGGUGAAACCGCCAGUCUGGAGGCCUUACUAGGCUAGAGUGUAGGCUGACGUGAUUUGACGAUACGCAGGGGUGUGCAGGACUCCCGCAGGAAGGCUAGUGAUUAAUCGGACAACGUCCACAGCGAGCCUGUACAGAUAGUUUUUCUCCUGUGUUCGAUAGUUCUCGUUACUUUCGACUUAAUCGCGUCGCGCGUGGUACGCGAUCGCUCUUUCGUUGCGCGGGUUUUCUUUUCCCGAUUUUCAUUUACGUUGUCGCUGUCGGACGUUGGAUUCGGGGUAACGACGUCGAGUCGGUUCUUCGGUUUUACGAAGAGGGUAAUUGGAUACGAAGUAGUUACCUUUAUGGGGAUCUUAAUAAGUUAAACACGGUGAUCGAGGGUAUCGUCGGAGGCUGGUCACUUUCGGGCCGUCGAUCGUUGUGCGCAAUUCGCCAGAGAGAGUAUUAUUGUACAAAGGUUGUGUAUUGUUACACAAUUUGUAUAUACGUGUAGAUAGUUCGUGGACAAUAAUUGUAGAGAGAGAUUAUUAUAUAUAUAUAACUAUUGGUGCGCGUGCGCGCGUGUUGAGUUGUGUGUAUGCCUGUUUGCGAGCACGAGAGAGAGUGAGUGAACGAGAGAGAGAGAGAGAGAGACCAAAAGACAGAGAUAUUAAUAUUAUUUAUAAGCCAGAGAUCUAAUUUAAUGUAAACAGAUGGUAUUACAUAGAGACGGGAGGAGAAGAAUAAAAUCGAA